AUUUAAAAAUACCAAUAUGGCACAAGAAUCUUUAGUUCGGUACCUGUAAUGAAAAUCACCGUUGUGGGAAAAGACGUAAUUCUCCGAUUCAAUUAUCGGUACCACAGGAUCACGUUCACGAACUUUUUUGGCAAGCGUACGCAUUGGUUCUUCUUUAGUUUGAUUUCCCUGUGUUGCUCUUGGAUUGAUAUUAUUUAGAUCAUUGUCAUUUUUGUUACCCCUUUUCUUACUUUGGCGUCUUCGACUUGAUCUGGUUUUAUCUCUUGAUUGACUCGUGAGGUUUUCGGGUACAGGAUCAUAUAUUACUGCCACAGGAAUUUGGAUUUCCAUUUCUGUGUUAUAGGUUGAUUUUGUGUUUGUUUUGGUAUUUUUGACAGCAGAAUCAGUAGUUACCUUUGAAGAAGAAGGUUCAGUUAAAUUCACUGAUCCAUCUUUAGUAUUGUCAAAAUCUACUUCUACAGAUUGUUUCUGAGGUUUAUCGAAUAUUGUUAAAGAGUUGUCUUUUGUUUUUUCGUUGCUUUUGGUGGUCAUUUCUGAUUCACUUUGAUGUACCGAGACAUCACUACUUACAAUCGUACUCACUUUUUGAUUUCCUUCUUCAAAAAUCACAGCUACAGGAACACUAAGAAGUUCUGCUGAUGAAGGACGGUCUUGGUCAUUAUUCCUUUCUAUUGGCUUUCCACUUUGAGGUUUUACAUUUUCACUCACAUGGCUGCUUUUAACACAAGAAAUAAAUACAAUAAUAAUUGGAAACAACUUUACAAUAAACAUGUUGAUUAAAAUAUUACAACAUAACUGAGACACGUUUAAAGGUAUAAUGAUGAUGACCUAAUCAUUACAUAUACUAAAGCAGUUUUAAAAUCACGAUCAGAACACUAGUUUGACAGGAAUGAAUUGAUUAUUUCGUCUGUUCAAUAAUUUUUCUAUAGUUAUGACAUCAACGUUUACUCAAAAAACCAGGAAGUUAAUAGAAGUAAGCUAAUAUUAGAGCUAAUUAAAAAAAAGGUUUGUUAUUGGUUAUUUAAAAAAUAAUAAUGUGUUAAUUGCAAACAUAAGUACUUUAAACGGGAAACAAAGCAGGUGUACAUUCAGGAUUUACGCGAUAUUUCAGUCACAAAACUUAAACCGCGAUACCUAAACAGAGCGUCAAGUAUGGAAAAAAAUGGUAAUAGUUUUAUAGCCUACUUAUAGGUAUUUUAUAGCUGUUGCUCUGAAACAAAAAAAACCUUGCCCCAGAUACGAGGUUUUUGGAAUGGUGAGUUUAAGCAGAAUUGUAUAAUCGUUUGAACGAUAUCUUUAUACACACAGUUUAAAACAAUGUCAACUUCUUUGAUUUACUAAUACUUAUAAGUUUGUGAUAGAGAAUUUUAAGAAGUUUGAUUAUUUAUUAAAUUUAAAAUAAGCGUUAAAAAAUAAAUAAUAACGCUAAUAUCGCGAAAUAGUAAAAGCUUUAUCAACGGAAAAAGGAAAUGAAUAAAACAACGAGUCGGUAGUCAUUUGGGACCGGGACCACUGGUCCUGACGGGGACAUGGAAUUAAUAAAUUAUUUUGAGGCGGCAUUCGGGACCGAAUGUGAUGUACCAGCCAGCUGUUAUUAUUGUUUCUGGAUAGCAUCUACAGAGAGGACAAUGUUAAAAGUUAUUAAGAAAUUGUAUGGAACAACAGUGCUAUUCCGUAAAAUUUUCACGCGCGAAUCCGAUGCGGAUCCGUGCGGAUUUAUCGUUAUCAGAACCACGAGUGAAAAUUUUACAGAAUAGCACUACUGAUGCUUUAUACCAAUAUUUAAUUUAUUUUAUAUAGCUUAUGAUGCCAUAUAUUUGAUUGUCUACCCCGCAAGUAAUGUAUGGAUGCAUGAUUUUUUAUCGAUUUUAAUUAAUUAGAAAUAUGAAUAGAAAUCAUAGAAACAAUAGUGCUGUAAUGUAAUAUGCCCAGUACAAUAUUUUCAGAGAACCAAAAAUGCGUGAACCAAAUAAGGUAAACAAACAUAAAAAUACACCCAACUAUUGAGUUAUGUAAUAAUAUCCUUACAGUAAAAUGUCAUUGAUCAUAAAUUCAGAUUCAGCGUUCACUCACCUCAAGGAAGAAUGAAUAAUUCAUAAAAUAAUGCUGAAAAAUAAGUAUUGCCGUUGUAAUUGCGGUUUCAGUCUUGACUGAAGCGCCUCGUUAAAGUGUUAAGUUUUAAUCACGACGCAUUGUCAGAUAUGAUAUCUCAUUAUUGACACCUCGGCCAUUGUGCAAUUUACCGAAGAACACAUCAAGCAAGCGUUAAGGUUGAAAUAUUUAGCGUCAACUAAGGCUCUGCUAGCGGGGGGAGGGUAGUGUAAAUAGGUGAGUCUUACAUAUAAGUGGUCAUGAAGUCUGGAGAUGUCACACUACAGUCUUUUUCGGAAAGGAAGACAGUGAAGAUGUUUUUGAAAUUAGCUCUCUUGUGCUCAGUUCUGAGUUGCGUACGCGCCGCUCCAGCUUCCACAGAUGUAGUGCCUUUAGAAAAACAACAACCCACCGUGAUACCUAUUGUGUCUCAAUCGGAAGAGUUGGAAUCCAAUGGGACUUUCAAAUUUAGCUACGAAACCGGCAACGGCAUCAAACGGGAGGAGAUCUCAUACGAGAAAGUAAUUCCGAAAGCACGUUCGGCUGGCAGCGAGGAGGGCGGAGAAAAUGAUGAAAGCAAUGAAAUCCACGUACAGCAAGGAUCUUAUUCGUAUGUUGCUCCUGAUGGCACUGUUAUUUCCCUCAAAUACAUCGCUGAUGAAAAUGGCUUCCGUCCAGUUGGAGAUCACAUUCCCCGGGCUCCAGUUUUAGUUCCACAAUCGCUAGCUGGUAAUAGUGAAAAAUCUGGUCGUGCUCUUAAACCAGACACCAAGAAAGCUGAGUCUGCAAAUGUGUCCCCGAAUUCCGCCAAAUCUGAACCAUUAGUAGCUCCCAAAGAAGUAGCUAGCAAGGAUUCAAGUCCACUUACGCCGGAAACGUCACCUGUGGCUUCUGAAGAAUCAAAUCCAAAAAACAGUAAGGUCAUGUCAUCGUCGGCAGUAGAAGAACCCAAAGCAGCUGCACCUGUAGAAGCAACAACAAUUCCGGAAGCUUCUUCUAAGGCAGUGGUCCCUGAAGCCACUGAAACAGCUUUAAGUACGACUGCAGUGUCAUCAGCAGAAGUUUCCUCAUCUGUAGAAACAGCAUCAACAACCGAGGCAGCUUUUGGUUCAAAAUCAGCUGCAGAACAGUCUUCUCCUAAAACAAAUUCACUAGAACAAUCUAUUUCAGCUGAGUCUGUCACAUCUGGAGGGGUUACAUUAAGUGGAGAUGUCUCAAACGAAAGUGCAAGCCUUUCAACUAAUUCUUCAUAAAUAAGGUUGAUCAAAAAAUUUAAAUAUAACUUCUAUUCUAGCAAACGAAUUUCACCUUUAUUAAAUAAUUUUGUAUCAAAUGUAUCUGUAAAUAUAUUAAUACGUUAUUCAAUUGUCGUUACGGGUGUAAUGGAUUUAAAUAAAUAUUUUUCAUCCUAUAAUUAUAGAAAAUGUGAUAUAAACCCAUUUAAAUAAAUUUUAUUAUUUAAUAUGAGGUUAAACUUUUUUAAUGAUUAGAAUGUUGAAAAC